CGGGUAAGCGGGGCGCUGGGCCGGGUCGGGCCGGGCCAGGCCAGGCCAGGCCAGGCCGGGCCGCCCGCCUUUGUGGGGACCUGUGGUGGCGCCGGGGCUGUGAGGGACCCCGUGAAACCUGGCACUGUGUCUGUGAAUUUUGUGGAGAUUAAUGUCAUACAACUUUGCAGGAAAAUACUGUAUUUGCUACCACUUACCAUAUUGGAGUAGAAGCUGAGAAGCUGAAAAAAUGUUGGAAACAAUUGAUACGCAUCGGGCUCUCCAGGCCGUAGAGCGCUUACAGGCAAAGCUUCGCGAUCGAGGUGACAUUGCAAAUGAGGAAAAACUGAGCUUAUUAAAAUCAGUGCUGCAGAGUCCUCUUUUUAACCAAAUUCUCAACCUUCAGACUUCUGUUCAACAGCUGAGAGAUCAGGUAAAUAUCACUCCUUCCAUACAUUCCACUGGUGAGUUCCCCCAGCUUCUCCACCAUGGUGUGAACGUGGGUUCCUUACCACAUAAUGAGUCAUAUUUGUUGGCUCAGCAGAAUGGCAGCCCAGCUAAUGUGCUAGAAACAUCGAUGAGAUCCAUCACUCCUCAGAUUAAUGGGAAAUCCUCUAGUGAUGACUUUGAGCAGCUGAUCAGAAGUAUGUCCCAGGGUCGUCUUGUUGAGACAAUUGAGCUAAUUAAACCUCUAAGUGGUGGUCUGGGCUUCAGUGUUGUGGGACUCAAGAGUGAAAACAGGGGAGAACUGGGAAUAUUUGUGCAAGAAAUCCAGGAGGGAAGUGUGGCACAUCGAGAUGGAAAGCUGAAGGAAGCAGAUCAAAUCCUUGCUAUUAAUGGACAAGCCCUUGAUCAGACAAUUACACAUCAACAGGCUAUCAGCAUCCUACAGAAAGCAAAAGACAACGUCCAGCUAGUUGUGGCCAGAGGCAGUUUCCCUCAACUCAUAAGUCCUGUAGUUUCCCGGUCUCCUUCUGCUGCUAGCACAGUUUCAGCCCAUUCCAACCCGGUUCACUGGCAGCACGUGGAGACCAUAGAGUUGGUGAAUGAUGGCUCAGGUUUGGGAUUUGGGAUAGUUGGAGGAAAGUCAACUGGAGUGAUUGUUAAAACCAUCCUCCCAGGAGGGGUAGCUGAUCAGCAUGGGAGACUGUGUAGUGGAGACCACAUCUUGAAAAUUGGUGAUACUGACUUGGCUGGAAUGAGCAGUGAGCAGGUGGCGCAAGUUCUAAGGCAGUGUGGAAAUCGAGUGAAACUGGUGAUUGCAAGAGGUCCUAUUGAGGAGCCACCUCCACCAGCAGUCCCACCAGGUACUCCAGUACCCAUCUCGACACCAGAGAAACAGGCAGAUGCUUCUGUUGAUAGUUGUGAAGAUGGGGAGAAAUUUAAUGUGGAACUCACUAAAAACAUCCAGGGAUUAGGAAUAACUAUUGCUGGUUACAUUGGAGACAAAACAUCAGAACCUUCUGGUAUCUUUGUGAAAAGCAUUACAAAAGGCAGUGCUGUUGAACAUGAUGGCAGAAUCCACGUGGGAGAUCAAAUUAUAGUUGUGGAUGGAACGAAUCUUCAGGGUUUUACUAACCAGCAAGCAGUUGAUGUUUUGCGACAUACAGGACAAACAGUUCGGCUCACUUUGAUCAGAAGAGGGCUUAAGCAGGAAAAUCAUAUUCAGCCCCAGGAGGAGUUCAGUGCUGCUGUUGAAAGGGACUUACUGUUACAAACAAUGGAUAGUGGCACAGCCAAAGAUAACAAUGAAACAGAACAGGGAUCUCCAUCAUUGCCAUGCAGUCCCAGUGCAGUAAACAUUGGAGAGGACAUUAAACAACAAGAAACAGAUUUUCAGCUAACUACUACAGAAGAAGCGGCUACAAAGGCAAAGUGGCAGAGGAUUAUGGGUUCAAAUUAUGAAAUAGUGGUGGCUGUAGUUAGCAAAUUCAGUGAAAGCAGUGGGCUAGGGAUAAGCCUUGAAGCUACAGUGGGGCAUCAUUUUAUCAGAUCUAUCCUACCAGAAGGGCCAGUUGGACGAAGUGGCAAGCUGUUUAGUGGAGAUGAGCUUCUGGAAGUGAAUGAGAUCUCUCUGCUUGGAGAAAACCACAAGGAUGUGGUGAAUAUCUUGAAAGAACUGCCAAUUAAGGUGACAAUGGUAUGCUGUCGACCAGUGGCUCCCCCUAUCAGUCAUCCAGAAGUACUGGAUGGUCUAAGUCUAUCUGAGGUUCAGCUCACAGAAAAGGCUCAUGUCGAACUUGGUUUCAUUGGCUCCUCAGACACAGAGGGAACAACUCUGGAAAUGGCUGAUGAAUCUCAGAGUAUGGAAGAGGUGCAGAGCUCUUCUUUGGCAAUGUGGGAAGCAGAAGUACAGCACAUUGACCUGGAGAAGGGGAGUAUGGGUCUUGGAUUUAGCAUACUGGACUACCAGGAUCCUGUCGACCCAGCAAACACUGUAAUUGUAAUUCGCUCAUUAGUUCCCGGUGGUGUGGCUGAGCAAGAUGGCAGACUUCUUCCUGGAGAUCGGCUUAUGUUUGUCAAUGAUAUCAACCUGGAAAAUGGCAGCCUGGAGGAAGCAGUGCAAGCACUGAAAGGAGCCCCAACAGGAACAGUUAAAAUAGGAGUUGCCAAACCACUGCCUCUUUCACCAGAAGAGGGCUAUGUCUCUGCUAAGGAAGAUUGCUUUUUCUACAGUGCCCAGUCAUUUGAGGAGGAGGGGCCAGCUGAUGCAGCCCUCUUCCAUGCUGAUCUAGCUCUGGUGGACUCUGGAGAGGCAGAUCUAGCGGAUGUAUCCACCUUUGAAUCUCAGUAUUCUCCGGAGAGUGACACCUUCCAGGCUUCAAUGUUAGCUCUGCAUGGCAGCACCUGUAGUGAUGAGCUGAACUACACCCUCUCCCUUCCCUCGUCAACUCCCAAGGCUGUUGGAGAGGAAUUUUUAAAUGCAGCAGCUGAUUACCAUAUAUCCAACAAGAAUCUGUACAACAUGGAUCUGAGUGAAAGAGUGAGAGAGCAAAAAUCUGUAGCAGGCAAAAACCUGGAAACUGCAGCUGCUUUUACUAAAAAGGAUCUUCUGCCUCUGGAUGUUUCGGUUAUCAACCAAAAUGAGAGUGAAAACACAGAAACUUGGGCUGGAUCUCAGACAACAGCAGAAUUUGCACAAAGUACAAGCCUUGCUACUACCAUGCAGCUUGAUGGCACUGGAAAAGAUCAAGUGCUCUCAACGGACAAGAGCUGCUCGGUAUCUGUGGAGGGAAGUUCCACAACCCCAAAUUCAGUCAAAAAUGUAUAUGAGAAGACCAUCACUAUUGCAAAAGGCAAUUCAAGUCUAGGGAUGACAGUAAGUUCCAAUAAAGAUGGCUCAGGAAUGAUAGUCCGUAGUGUCAUUCAUGGAGGCUCAAUAAGUCGCGAUGGACGGAUUGGUGUGGGAGACUGCAUCCUGUCCAUUAAUGAAGAGUCAACCACUGACUUAACCAAUGCACAGGCCCGAGCUAUGUUAAGAAGGCAUUCGCUUAUUGGACCAGAUAUCAAAUCUUCUCCAGCACCUGCUGAUGAUCAGGCCCUCUUUUAUGUUAUUACAUAUGUGCCAGCAGAAAAUUUAGAAGAGUACAGAGCCAGUUUGGAACAACAGACAGAGGAAACUAUGCCCCUUGAACUUUUUCCUUCACAUACAGUCAGUAGGGAAAUCCCAGAGCUUCCAGAACGUGAAGAGGGGGAGGGAGAAGAAAGUGAACUUCAAAACGCUGCUUUCAGUAACUGGAACCAGCCCAGAAAGGUUGAACUUUGGAGAGAGCCUAGCAAGUCACUGGGGAUCAGCAUUGUUGGAGGACGAGGGAUGGGAAGCCGCCUGAGUAAUGGGGAAGUGAUGAGAGGGAUCUUUAUCAAACACAUCCUGGAGGAUAGCCCAGCUGGCAAAAAUGGAACGCUGAAAACAGGAGAUCGGAUUGUGGAGGUGGAUGGAAUUGAUCUCAGAGAUGCCAGCCAUGAACAAGCUGUGGAAGCCAUACGGAAGGCAGGCAAUCCUGUAGUCUUUAUGGUACAGAGCAUUAUAAGCAGACCAAGGGAGAUAUCGAAUCCAAUUAGGGUUACCUUCCGUUGUUCCCCAACUAACCCUUUUGCUCCCACACCAUUCAAGGCAUUCAGUCAGUCAGAUUCAGAGCCAGAAAAGACUUCAUUUUGUAACUUGCCUCUGCCCCCUCCUCCAGCAUUUUCAGGAAUGAGCUGUGAUGUUACACAGUCAUCUUCCAGCAAAGUCAAAGAAGAUGUGGAGAAAGAGGAUGAGUUCGGUUACAGCUGGAAAAAGAUCAUGCAGCGCUAUGGAAAUCUACCAGGGGAGCUACACAUGAUUGAGCUGGAAAAAGGAAGGACAGGUCUGGGACUUAGUCUUGCCGGUAACAAAGACCGAUCCAGGAUGAGUGUCUUUAUAGUGGGAAUUGAUCCAAAUGGAGCAGCUGGCAAAGAUGGCAGGUUACAGAUUGCAGAUGAGUUGCUAGAGAUAAAUGGGCAAAUGCUCUAUGGAAGGACUCACCAGAAUGCUUCAUCAAUAAUCAAAUGUGCACCAUCUAAAGUAAAAAUAAUCUUUAUCAGAAAUAAAGAUGCAGUAAAUCAGAUGGCCGUUUGCCCUACAAAGUCAGUAGAGGCUUGUACUUCAGGGAUUCUUCAAAACCAAGAGAUUGAUCCUAGUGCUGGAAACUCCAGUGUUAGUUCUGACUUCAGUUCGUAUAAAAACAUUCAGUAUGUGGAACUCCCUAAGGAUCAAGGAGGUUUGGGAAUUGCCAUUAGUGAAGAAGAUACAAUUAAUGGAGUAGUUAUUAAGAGCCUAACAGAUCAUGGUGCAGCAGCAAAGGAUGGAAGAAUCAAAGUUGGGGAUCAGAUCCUGGCAGUGGAUGAUGAAAUUGUUGUGGGCUAUCCAGUAGAAAAGUUUAUCAGUCUCCUGAAGACAUCCAAAACCAUGGUGAGGCUUACAGUCAACUCAGCAGAGGCAGGUAGCCUGACUACAGCAUCAGUCAGCACUGUCCCAGCAGAGAGGAGGAAUAUCCAACCACCAGCAACUGUCCCCUCUUCCAGCUCACCUGAACCAGAAGCAGUCAAAAAUACAAGCAGAUCUUCAACUCCAGCCACACUAGCUUCUGACCCCGCUACUUGUCCCAUUAUUCCUGGAUGUGAAACAACCAUUGAUAUCUCCAAAGGACGGACUGGUCUUGGUCUGAGCAUUGUUGGAGGAGCAGACACUUUGCUGGGAGCAAUCAUUAUCCAUGAAGUAUAUGAAGAAGGAGCAGCAUCAAAAGAUGGGAGACUGUGGGCUGGAGAUCAGAUAUUAGAGGUGAAUGGGAUUGACCUCAGGAAUGCCACACAUGAUGAAGCAAUAAAUGUCCUCCGACAGACUCCCCAAAAAGUUCGUCUGACGGUGUACAGAGAUGAGGCCCAGUACAAGGAGGAAGAUAUGUAUGAUGUACUCAUUAUAGAGCUCCAAAAGAAGCCUGGCAAAGGCCUUGGCCUGAGUAUUGUUGGGAAAAGAAAUGAUACGGGGGUGUUUGUGUCAGACAUCGUCAAAGGAGGAAUAGCAGAUACAGAUGGGAGAUUGAUGCAUGGAGAUCAGAUACUGACUGUGAAUGGAGAAGAUGUUCGAAAUGCUAACCAGGAGGCUGUUGCAGCUUUGCUAAAGUGUUCGUUAGGUACGGUAAGACUAGAGGUUGGAAGAAUAAAAGCUGGUCCAUUCCACUCUGAGAGGAGAACAUCCCAGAGCAGCCAGGUCAGUGAAGGAAGUGGCAGUCUCUCCUCCUUCAGCUUUCCAGCUUCUGGUUCAAGUGCACCUGAGGUCUUUGAAAGUGGUCUGAAGAAAAAUACCUCUUCUGAAAUACAGGGAUUAAGAACAGUUGAGAUAAAAAAGGGCCCUGCAGAUUCACUAGGAGUGAGCAUUGCUGGAGGUGUAGGAAGUCCCCUUGGAGAUGUUCCUAUAUUUAUCGCCAUGAUGCAUCCAAAUGGAGUUGCAGCUCAGACUCAGAAACUCAGAGUGGGGGACAGGAUUGUUAACAUCUGUGGAACAUCUACUGAGGGCAUGACUCACUCCCAAGCUGUUAGCCUCUUAAAAAAUGCUUCGGGCACUAUUGAGUUGCAGGUUGUAGCUGGAGGAGAUGUGAGUGUCAUAACUGGUCAGCAGCAGGAGCCACCUACGUCCAGUUUUACAUUUGCAGGACUGACUUCAACCAGCAUUUUUCAGGAUGAUUUAGGGCCUCCUCAGUACAAGACCAUUACUCUGGAUAGAGGACCAGAUGGCCUGGGCUUUAGUAUUGUGGGGGGAUAUGGCAGUCCUCAUGGAGACUUACCCAUUUAUGUGAAGACAGUAUUUGCAAAGGGUGCAGCUGCAGAAGAUGGACGCCUGAAGAGGGGAGAUCAAAUCAUUGCUGUGAAUGGGCAGAGUUUAGAAGGGGUGACCCAUGAGGAGGCGGUUGCUAUUCUGAAAAGGACAAAAGGAACAGUCACUUUGACUGUUUUGUCAUGAACUAUCUGCUGAAAGGGGUAGGAUCGACAAGACUAUAUUAUUUACAUUCUGCUUAGCAAAGAGAAUGGAAAUGUUUGUAUAGCCUUAUUGCUCUUCCCGCUUCACAGGACUGUGUUACAUCACUGAAGAAAAAUAACAUUUAACCAUAUUUUUGUAUGUAAUAGAAGUAUUUCUCCUACUGUCAAACCACUGGGAUGGAGUUAUGUCACCUAUGGCAAAGACAUGAAUAUUUUUCCUAGUAAUAUUGUAAUGAAUACUUGUAAGACACUAAAAAAAAAUGUUUUCAUUAAUAACCUCACAACAAAAUUUAAAUGUUUUGCUAAGAGGCUUUGAAUAUUUUAAAUAUGUGAGAACAAUAAAGUCACUGAAUCAACAAGGGGAUGGCAUGGGCAGAAGUAGUCAGAAAACAGAAAUAAGAUUAUUGGAGAAAUAAAGUAUUAACAAAAUACAGAAUUUGGGGAACAGGAGGAAAAGCAUGUAAUGUGGAGGCACAUAAUUAAUGGACUUUUUUUUUUCUAUUAAUCUACAAUGACCAGGUAGAAGGAGUUGGGAGGGGAUUUUUUUGUUGUGUUUAGUUUUGGUUUUUGCUUGUGUUUGAAUUGUGUUUUUGAUGGUGGGGAUUUGUUCUCAGGCUGAAAAAUUUAUUUGCUAGUGGAGACUUAUCCCGGUGAGUGAGAGUGCCCAGCAACUGCAGUAUUAGAAGGAUUAAACUUUUCUUUCAUAACAGUAGUUUUUUUCUAGACUGUGUGGGAGUGAAAGCAACCUCCCUAGUGUGAAAUGUGUGUAAGCAAAAGUUGUCCUCUUGCAAUGGGCAAGGCUAAAUACUGUCUUAGUGCCGAAGUUUCUGAAUGCUGCUUGAAUCAGAGCUGUGAACAAACUGCUCAGGAUAUAUUUACUUAGCUGAAUAUACGACCUUGUGGAUAUAGGUUAAUACAAUGCAGAAGAUGUUAGUGUUACAGUGUUGCUUGUCAUUAUAAAAUAAAUAUCAGCAAAGAUAAGGUCCUUCCUGGACUGAGGAGGGCUAUAACAAGGGGUUGAUGGUGGGUAGAGGGCUGAAGAUCAGUUCCAGUGGAGAAGAGGGGAGCAGUGAGACAGCAGUGAAAGUCUUUGCAUCAGCGUCAAGCAGAAGAGGACAGCUGAGGGUCACAAACAUUAUUUGGGGGUUGUUAAUUUAAGAGGAGCAAAUGCAAGAUAUUGUCUGGUAAAUAAGGUGCAGCCAUGAAGCUGUUAUUUGGAUAGCAGAGUUGUCAAUAAAUUUAUCAACAUCCUCAGUUUACUAAGAAGUCUUUAAAACUUUAUCCUGAAAUCAUACCUACUGAUACCACUGGCUGAUUGUAGUCUGCCUUUGGCUCUGCUUCUUCAAAGUGGCUCUUCAGAAUCUGGCAGAUAAAGCACACCUUGCCCAUGAUUUACCUUCCUGCAUAAAAAUGCCAGUAAAUAUGCUGAAGGUGAAAUACACCUAAUUAGCAUGCUAUAUACUUCCUGUAGCAGCAAGACCAUGUUGAUUAGCAAAAAAAAAAUAUUGCAGCAAGAAGGUCAGCACAUCAGUUGUCAUUUAAGAGAACUCUCUGAACAGAAAAUGCAGGCAGUGGUCAGGCAAUUACUAGAGGAAGAUGCGAAAGACUAGCAUUUGUAUUAGUGAGAAACAAAAACAGUAUUAGGAAUGUCUGUGAAAUAGUAUUAACAAGCUGGUAUCUAGAUCUAAGCGAGUUAACUAAAACCAAACAAAAACAAACACAAACAAACAAAAAACUUCAUCUCAUUAAUUGUUCUAGAAGUUACUGUGAUUGGCAAAAAAUGAAAGUACACAGAUGGUACCAUUACUGGCUGUUGUUACUGAAUUGUUCUUGUGUACUUAUUCCUUGGUUAGAAUAAGAGAUGCAUACAUUGGAGUGUGUAAGGUUGCUUUAAAUAGUAUCUAUAUUUGUAACAGAAGUAGUGUACAGAUAUUUUGUUACUACUGUUGUGUCUAAAUGGGGGAUUUAAUUAAAUAAAUACCAAACUCUCAGUGAUGAAGAAAUAAAGUUGCAGGUGCGUUUCUGGUG